AUGGUUUCCUACCUGCAGCCGACGAAAUCCUUCGGACUUUCAUGUUUGGCCGAGCCGGUCUCAGAUAUCAACAGAAGGGUACUGUUCUCUUUGAAAUGUGAUACCUCCGGCCGUACGUCUGCGUCCACCUCGCCGGAAGGACUGGCUAUCCCAUGGAGGGGCUCUGACAAUUCGAGGAUGGAUGGGGAUCCGACCAGCGGCUCAUCCCCAGCUUUGCCGGGAUUCGAGCGCUUGGUUGUUCAGUGA